AUGGCAUUGGAGCCAUCUGCAUUGCCAAGUCACCAGCUGGUUCAUGAUGAUAUUGGCACUAAGUUUGAGGCGCAGCAGAUUCUUGCCCCGGACCCAUCCUGCUUCUUCAUUACAAAAGCUUCUUUAUAUCCAACAAUUCGCCACGUGUCGAUAACCUGGGAUGAAUUGGUAUCUAUGAAUAUGAAUGUGAACCGUGAGUGUGUCAAUCUUUCGAGGUUCUACCUGGAUCACGAAGAGGACUAUAUAAAUAGAGUGUCUCCAGACUAUCCCCAGCGUGUCCAGGGCUUAUCAGAUGAAGACAUUAGACUUAUUUUCAACAAUCUCCUCCGUUGUGCUAAUGCACUCAAGAUGUGUGAGACCGCGAUUUAUCUGGCAAUCGACAUUGUGCACCGCAUCUUGACCCAAAUUAACAUAGGAACAACGAGCCCCUACCUUCUUGCGACGGCUCUGUUCGUGGCCCAAAAAGUAGAGCCAAGCCAGUGGGGGAUCUUACCGGGAUCUAGACUUUUAUCGAAACUAUUUGGGGAGAACAAUACCCAUUUCACCAGCACCGAUCUAUACGGAAAUGAGAUUGUCCUACUACACUAUCUUAAUUUCCAUGUCGAGACAAUUACUCCUUAUCACUACGUGAAGUUCUUCAGCAAUGCCGCAGGAUUCACGAUGCAACAGAAGUCUCUCUUGCAUUACCUCACUCAGAUGUGCGCCAUGACUCCAGAAAGUUAUAGGUAUAAGCCUUCGGCCUUGACGGCAGCAGGCGUUUUACUUGUCAAUGAGGCGUUUGGGUUGCCUUGCUGGACUGAAAGGCUGUCUUUUUUUACCACUUACAGUCCAGAGAUGCUGGCGUCUGAGCGUGCUUUCCUCUUGUCUACCUGGAUACAUGUCACGAAGCUAGCUCAGGGUAGCCAUCCACCGGCGGUUUUCGUCAAGUUUUCCAGUCAUCACUUUGGCAACGUAUCCUCCUUAUUAUCUCCAACCGUAUGA